AAUGUUGAGAUUAUUAUGUUAUUAUUUUGGUUUAUUUUCUUCAACUCUUCUGUGCGAUCCAUUUAAUUUAUGGUUUACGACGAAUGAUAAAACGUUUCAUAAUUAUGAAUUGGAGAGAGUAAAAGGUUUACCGAAAUGGCUAAAUGGAACCUACGUUAGAAAUGGUCCUGGUAAAUUUGAGUAUAGUCGUAGAAAAUUCGUCCACGCUUUUGACGGUUAUGCAAAACUAAUGACAAUUUCUAUAAGAUCUGGAGGAAGUUUGAAAUUUUCAACAAGCUUUGUCAAAACUUAUUUCUAUCGUCAUUCUCAAAGAAUUGGAGACAUAGCCCCUUAUCUAUUAUUCGACUAUACAACGCCAAAAUUUAACAGAUUUGACAGACUUCAACAGUUGUUACACGGAAUCGACAAUGUUAAUGUUAACAUUCAUGCUUGGAAAAAUGAUAGGAAUGGAACGUCUUAUGUGGCAGUUUCAGAUUUUUGGCAAGUCUACGAAAUUGAUAUGACAACACUCGGAACCUUAAAGAGAAUAAAUGCAAAAAUUCCUGGUAUCGAUAAUCCAUUAUAUGAUUUUAUUCCACUUCCGGCAACGUCCCAUCCUCUACAAGAAAUUGGAACUAAUAAUUUUAUAACUUUCUUAUCGUUGUUUAGCCUUUUUCCCGGUUUGGACAGCAGAAUUCAAAUAAUUCGUAUUAAAAGUGUUGAAAAAAGAGAAUUAAUUUCUUCAAUUUCAACUAGUAGACUUCCUUAUAUGCAUUCUUUCGCUUUAACAAAAUCUUGGGUUAUAUUAUUAGGUCAUCCACUUUUCAUAAAUAAGUUGAAAAUUUUAAAGACAUCUAUUCCUUUAAAAUCAAUUGACUGGCGACCGGAAUUUGGGACGGAAAUCUUUCUAGUUCACUUACCAACUGGAACAAUUAGGAGGAUGAGGAUAGUCAAAGCUGUCUUCGCGACACAUUUCAUAAACGCCUAUGAAGAAAGCGGUGACAUUGUUGCUGAUUUUAUUACUUAUGAUAAUCCAAAACUCUUUGAUAUUCUCCUCCUAAGCAUAAUACUUGAUCCGGUUCAACGGAAAAGUAUCUUUGUUAAACCAGUGGUGAUGAGAUUUCGAAUAAAUUUAAGAAGAAAUACAGUCAAUAUCCAUCAAAUAGGCGAUGUAAAUUUUGACUUUCCCAUAAUCAAUAAGGAUUUUGAAAAGAAUUACUAUUGUUUUGCAUAUGGAUUAACAUUAGAUUGGAUGAAUUCGACGGCUUCACCGUCUGAUUGGGCUGGAAUUGGAAAGAAUGACUUGUGCGGAAAAGGUCGAAGUAUAACUUGGUCCCGUAGAUAUCAUCUUCCGUCUGAAGUUUGGUUUGAACGAAGACCAGGCUCUGUUUAUGAAGACGAUGGCGUUCUGAUGAGCGUCAUUCUUGAUACUAUACGUCGUACAAGCUAUCUGGCUAUCUUAGACGCUAGAACUCUACUUCUUCUGCACGCUAUUGAUUUUCCCACCUAUGUGCCAUUCACAAUGCACGGAAAAUUUUUUUCGCACAAAUUUUUUAAUUAG